UGUUCAAUUAUUGAAGCCGGUUCGGUAACUGGAGUGGAACACUGAUGUCUUUAAUAAAAAUCAUUUACGAAAAAAGAAAUGCCAUCUCGUUUUGGUUAUACCAUUACACUUAGAACAUAUGUUCAGAAGCGUAAUAUUGCUGCAGUGUAAUCUCCAACCAUGGCUGUUUAUUUUAUAAUUAUGUUUCAAAAUAACUGCAAGAAGUAUAUCAUAAUAAGAAUAAAGCUUAUAACCAUUUAGUUGAAUUCAUUUUAAUAUUUUUCUAACUCAUUUCAUAGCAUUAUUUUUCCAAUUUUUACUGAGUGAGUAUACACAUUGAUUAUAAGACAUUUUUACCUUGACUCGCUAUAAACUCUGAAAACAUGUUUGUUCUUGACAAAAUAUAAUUUGGUAAUGAUUGAAAAAUUGUGUUUUGAUUGAUAAUUUAUGUGUAUCUAAAUACAUUAUAUGAAGAAUUAAACGUUAUACAAAAUAUGAUUCACUGUUGACGGGUCUAGAUGUAGAAAAAUCUGACAUUGAAUCAGUUGUUGAUGACUGUGAUAGAUGCACCAAAGUUGGAUUUUUACCAGAAAUCGAAGCUUCUUAUUUGGGACUUAUAUUGCAUGUUAUGGAUCUUACUUCACUCAAUUCUACAGAUAAUAAACAAACCAUUGAAGCUCUUGUAGACAAAGCUUUUCUAUAUGCCAAAGAACUGUUAAAAUCUGAUAUUGAAAAAAUGGCGAACACUCAUUCUUGUGAACUUCGUAAUUACUUCACAACUAGUACAUUAACUCCACAAACAGUUUGUGUAUCUUCUGUGCGUAUUUAUGAUGUUGUACAGAGAUUAAGAUUUUUAAAACAACACAUAGACAUUGCUUCUGUUGCUGGAGGUUUUCCUAUGGGCCAAGUUCCAUUGAGUUGUCGAAUAACUGAAGUGGAGUAUGCUAUUUCACAUGGAGCUGCAGAAAUCGACAUUGUCAUUGAUCGUGGACUAGCCAUUAGUGGCAAUUUUGAAGAAUUAUAUUAUGAUUUGCGUGCAAUAAAAAGUCUAUGCAUUAAAGGAAAUAUUACGCUUAAAACAAUUUUGUCAGUUUCUGAAUUAGACUCUAAUCAGACUGUGUAUAAAGCAGCCAUGACAGCUAUGAUGGCUGGAUCAGAUUUUAUUAAAACAUCUACUGGAAAAGAAGCUAAGAAUGCUACUUUAUUUCAUGGUAUGGUAAUGUGUCAAGCUAUCAAACAUUAUCAUGAAAAAACAAGUUACAAGGUGGGCAUAAAAGCAGCUGGAGGAAUUAAAUUCAAUGAACAAGCACUUAGUUGGCUAGUGUUAGUAAAAAACAUUUUGGGAAAUGAUUGGUUACAGGCAAGUCUUUUCCGCAUUGGUGCUUCCAGUCUACUAGAAGAUGUAGUUAAAAGAUUAAGUAUAGUUUUGAAGAAAUUUCAUCAAUAAUCAGUUGAAACUAUUAAUUGUAAUUUAAUUUGAAACCAUGUAAUGAAUAUUUUAUAUGUUCAAUAAAUCGAUAAUAUAAUUGUGA